AUGGCAGAACCAUCCACCGCCGAAACCACCUCCGCCAGCGAUGCUCAUCCGCCGGCGCCGGCGCCGGCUUCCUCGUCGCUCAACGUCGUCGGAUUAACGAGCGACGAGAACAAGAAGCCUUCUCCCAAGUUCUUGGACGAGCCUGAAGACUCCAACAUCCAAGCGGUUUCGUCCGGCGACACUCCUUACACGUCAGCUACCACCUUCGAAGAAUUGAAUCUCUCACCGGAGCUUUUGAAGGGACUCUACGUGGAGAUGAAGUUCCAGAAACCUAGUAAGAUCCAAGCCGUAACCUUGCCUAUGAUCUUGAAUCCUCCGAAUAGGGAUUUGAUCGUACACGCGCAUAACGGUUCCGGAAAAACCACGUGUUUCCUUCUUGGUAUGCUUAGUCGAGUUGAUCCAAAGUUGCAGGCUCCUCAAGCUUUCUGCAUUUGCCCAACCAGGGAGUUGGCUAUUCAGAAUACUGAAGUUCUCCGAAAGAUGGGAAAGUACACGGGGAUUAGCUCAGAAUGUGCUAUACCAGCAGACAGUAGGGAUGCUUUGCCGAUAGCGAAACGGGCACCGAUUAUGGCUCAAGUGGUUAUUGGGACCCCUGGCACGAUUAAUAAGUGGAUGAAUUAUAAGAAACUUGGGGUGACAAGGUUGAAGAUUCUUGUUUUUGAUGAGGCUGAUCAAAUGCUUGCUAAGGAUGGAUUUAAAGAUGAUUCCCUGAGGAUAAUGAAAGGAAUAGAAAAAUUCAAUUCUAACUGUCAGGUUCUUCUGUUUUCUGCUACAUUGAAUGACAUUGUCCAGAAUUUUGUUUCGAGGACAGUUAAGCAGGAUUAUAAUACACUUUUUGUGAAGGAACUAUCUUUAGAUGUCGUAAAGCAAUAUAAAGUUCAUUGUCCUGAUGAACUCUCUAAGAUUGAAGUGAAAAAAGAAUACAUACUCGAAAUAGAAGAGAAUCUGGGGCAAACUAUAAUAUUUGUGCGCACAAGAAAUAGUGCAAAAAUGUUACAUAAAUCACUUGUUGUCGCUCCUGUUGUCGCUCCCGUCACCCCAAGUAAGGGAGUCGACAAGGGAAAAAGGAAAGUGGUGAACAUUGUUAAAAGGAAGGUCUGGUCUGCAGCGGACAUUCUUGCCGAGGAGCUUGCUAGGAGGACUGGCGGCCCGGUUAUUAAGGAUGUGCAGGAGAAUGCCCAGAGUCGGCGGUCAACCCUUCUGCACCUGAAGUUAUUCCUCCUAAACCAACAGCUUCUGGAAGGAAGAGGGUUGCUAGCGAGGAUUUAA